CACGCCGCGCUAUGUCUCGCCGCUCAUCUAUAAAAUAUAAAACAAAAUAACCAAAGAAUCGCUCUUCUAACCGCUAAAUUAUUCAUUGAAAUUGUGUUCUCGUGCUCUUUUAAGUGUUAUAUAUUACAAAAAUGUGAACGAACCUGUUGUAUCGAGUGGUAAUGUCAAGAAGCUUAGCACCCAGCGUCCUAGUAUCUUGAAUAAUGAUAUAAAACAACAUUUCGUACGGCAAUAAAUCGCUCGUAACUGUGUGCUUUAAUCGUUUCACCUUAAAAAACAUCACAAUAAUUAAUGGUACUGAAGUAAUUUAAAUAAAGUGAAACGGUGUAUUUAAUCAAACUAAAGUGAAACCAAGUGACGAGUAAAGUGAAGUGUCAAUGUUUGGACCAUGGCCCGGGACCGGCCGACCGCGCGGCAUUUUCACAAUCAACCAGAGCUGCAGAGAGGAGGCAGCUACGGCCUCGUUUUGAGGUGGAUAUUCUUCGUGUGGCUGGCAAAUUGCGGGACUCUGGGGAACACCGUGAAACAAGAUGGCUGCGCGUUCCCGACACGAUGGCAGGGCAAGUGGUUCCAAUCAGGCGUCAUCCAGCCGAUCAUGAUCGACGGUGCCAUGCUUUCUAAUAAGGGCCGGUGCCUCUCAUCCGAGGGCGACAAAUUUCUUAUAGUUGAUGAAAAAGGGUGCUACCGCUGCGUUGUGAUGCAUGAGAAACACAUAAAUGUUCUGCAAUAUAAAGAGACUUUCUGUCACCGUCGAGAUGCACUACCACACUUGUGUUCCCUUAUCAAUGGAGAUGCCCUGUUAUAUUCCAUGUUCAGAGAGAACGCGGAACCCGUCGAUUGCCCACUCAAAGGACCUUUCUCUUUCACUUACAAUAGGGGACAUGGUAACUGCAAAAUUCCAGCCUCGUCUAUCGAGAGCUGUACGGAAGACUCGAGGUUACUGCUCAACUACCAAGCUUGCCCUGAUGUAUAUGGUUCUGAAAGCACAGUGGAAGAACUAGAAUGCUUGGCCACGUGGAAGGAAGGCAGCCUCAGGUUCCUAGUGGGGAAGUUACACCACAACCACGCCACCAGCAACGAAGACAGAUACAGAUGUUUCGUCUACGAGAAGGCAAAUGGUAUUGCAUCAGCUGCCAUGAAGGAGGGACCAAGUCCUGCCAGUGGAGUCGAGUACAGAGUAGCGCAGUCUGGUGACGCGACGUGCAAUGGCUUAUUUAGUGCAACUGAAGGAUCUAGAACUAUGGCUUUGAAGAGAGUCUCGGUUCGAUUUAAUUGCCAGUUCCCCUCCUGGAUGACGUUCUCCCACACGUGGCACACCCUAGACUUUAGCAGUAACUACACUUUCUAUCAGCGCAACGCAACAUUACGCAUCACGAACCAGACGGGUGCAGAAAUUAAAGUGUACUGUGUUAAUGUGAAAGCCAGCUCGCCGAGUGGUAACUCUGUCGCGCUGGUGGCGCAUUGGCAACACCACUGUGCUUCUCGCUACGUCUGCGUGGUCCUGUACAGACGGGACACCUUUAUAGCGGAGUUGCAGCGCGGGUCGCCAACAUCCAGACCCGAUGAAGCCUGCUCCCCACAUCACUUCAAUGCUGUCACUGCCCCUUACGUAACAUUAGUUGCAAGUAAUCCCGAAUCAAAAGAAUGUCCAUAUUCUGGUAAAUAUGUGAUUUCAAACCAUAGACACAAGCGGAGCUACCGGCCGGAUGAGCGAGAGAGAAAUAGGACUAAGCGAGACAAAGCGAUGCUUCAACAUAAUCGUAGAGUUAAUCACACUAGACUGUUCAAUUUUAGUGUUAGGAAUAUGUCCGAUACUCCGAUUCUACGAAGUAGAAGACAUUCGGAAGGGGAAAUAAGUUGCGCAGGCGCCGUUUAUAAUAGACUAGAAGUUGGGUGCAACUCGAUAAAGAAUAUGGAGUUUUAUUCCACGUGUAAUAAUAAGGAGGCAAUAACAGCUUAUACGUGUCACGGCGGGUGGUACGAGAACGGCGCGUCGUUCGUGGUGACGACGCCGGUGACGCGGGACAGCACGGCGGCGCGGCGCUACUGCUUCGUGUCUCGGGACGCGCGCGACGCGCGGGACGCGCGGGACGGCGCGCUGGCGGUGGCGCGCUCCGCCGCCAACUGCGAGCGGACCGUCUCGGAACCUGAAGCCUUACUCUUUGAUGCAGCUUUCACAGGUAAGUGUCAAGACGAACCCAACAGCCAACCGCUCCAGAGAAUUUCAUCACCUUACAUAAUCAGCGUGGCGCCAAUCAUCAUCCAUUACAUCAUACCGAGGUGAUUCACAACCGAGUGUUAAAAUAUAGGAAUUUGAACCCCCUACCGUUGUAAUUAUAUUGAUACGAUGUUUAGAUAAAAACUUUCAUUUCACUUACAUUGUUAUAAAAUUAUUUAUUAUUAGUCUUUGAAC